AAAAAAAGGCCAAAAUAGAAGUAAAAACUGUGGAGGGUUCUGCGUUUUGAGGUUGCUUUUAUCUGAAACGAGCUUGAAUUCUUAUCGAUUUACGCUUUACGGUGAACUAUUAAGGAAAGACAAAGAAGAAAAUGGUGUCAGGUUCCGCAUUGACGGCGGCGGCCAAACAAGCUGAGCAACUGAGGAAAGACGGCAACUUUUAUUUUAAGAAAAAUCGUUUCGGGGCUGCCAUCGAUGCUUAUACCGAGGCGAUUACUUUAUGCCCUAAUGUUCCUGUAUAUUGGACGAAUCGCGCUCUUUGCCAUCGCAAGCGGAAUGAUUGGUUGAAAGUGGAAGAGGAUUGCCGGCGAGCUAUUCAGCUUGACUACACUUCUGUCAAGGCACACUACAUGAUGGGAGUUGCAUUGCUUAAAAAGCAAGAAUUAGAUGAAGGGGUCAAGGAACUACAAAAGGCAUUGGAUCUUGGAAGGGGUGCUAAUCCAAAAGGUUAUAUGGUAGAUGGCAUUUGGCAGGAGCUUGCAAAAGCGAAGUACUUGCUAUGGGAGCAUGCAUCUUCCAAGCGAUCAUGGGAGUUGCAAAGUUUGAUGGAGGCUUGUGAAACUGAUCUUAGAGAAAAACAUUUCCUUGAUGAUUCUCAACCAGAAGGUUUCUUGGAUAAGGCUAGCAUUUCUCAUAUGGAACAACUCGAGGCUCUGAGACAGGUGUUUAGGAAAGCUGCUGAAGCUGACAUCCCGGAUGAGGUGCCGGAUUACUUGUGUUGUAAAAUCGCACUUGAUAUUUUCCGUGAUCCUGUUAUUACUCCGAGUGGAGUUACGUAUGAGAGAGCAAUGAUCCUUGACCAUCUUCAGAAGGUUGGUAAAUUUGAUCCAAUCACACGCGAGCCGCUCGACCAAUCCCAGCUUAUACCGAACUUGGCAAUAAAGGAAGCGGUGCAAGCAUAUUUAGACGAACACGGGUGGGCGUACAAGAUGGACUAAAUCGUGAAAUGUUGAGGUGAAUCUGCUGGACAUGCCCAUGAUUUAGCAGCAGAGUGAAGUAUUGUGAAGUAAAAUGGUGAUAGUCUGCAUAUCUGCUUUUGGUUUGAAGUUGUUGGUUGAGUGUAGAAUGGAUAUGUC